CGGAAACUCAUACUCAAACAACCCACCCUAUCCAUCGAUCUCACCUCCAUCUUAUGCGCGGAAGAUAACCAUGCACUGUUUGCAAGUGCACCCAGGUUCUUUCGCUCCAGCUGAAGAGAGCAUUAGCAGGCAAUGAGCGGCGUUUGACCGGAACGACGUUGGACAGCAUGGCCUCCCAUCCGUCGAUCAAGGCUGGUCCCAUUCAGCCAACGCCAAUGCCCCUCAUCCCUGACGAUUCGAGCCCUGUGUCGCACCAUAGCUUUUCAACUCCACCAGAUCGUCUUGUUACGAGAAGCACCCCAUCUUCCACGGUGCACAGUCGGGAAACUUCAACUGUUCGAGGGGGAGCCGAUCCAUCCGCCUUAGCCCCUUCAUCCUCACAACCUCAACACAAUCGGCGCGGCAAUUCUCACUCCAAGAGCCCCGAACCGAAUACUGGGAGGCCUGGGUUUGGGUACGAUGUUGGCCUGGAGAGAAGACCAUCCAACUCAUAUGGUCACCAUCGAAAUACUUCGAUCGUCCAUGGAAUCCAGCACUCCCGAAAUCCUAGUUUCGCCGCCUCUACGACCUCUACGAGUCCUCUGAGCCCGGAAUUGAUUGCUUCGCUCGGCCGUGGCGGUGCUACCGAACAAGAAAGCAUGGGGAGCGUACGUAUGGACCAGCACGAGUUGCACUCAACCUUUCAGGCCCAAGGACCCAAUGGAGCAAGUCACAGCCUGCAGGGCACACUGAGCACUAUCGAGGAUCGCGAUAUGGACGACGUCGCCGAGGGAACCCCGGCAAAUACAGCCCACAGACGAAUAAACUCCAACGGAAAGCCGUGGCAGGAGCGAUCUCAUAGCCGUUCGCACUCGCGGCAUCAUUAUGGGGCAGAAUCGAAGACGGUCGGAGAAUACGCUUUGCAUCAUCUCUUUAAUUCUUUCGUCGGUCAAGCGGACAACAAGAUCAAUCAGGCUAUAAUGAAGUUGGGCGAGUCGGACGCGCCAGUCGAAGAGGUAUGCGGGCCGGGUGUGGAUUCGAACUUUGAUCAAUUGAUCUCUGCUUUGGGCCAUAUCGCACGGCAGAAACCGAAGCCUUUGAUUGAUACCAUUAUGCUUUGGCGGAAAGCAAAGGGCGACGCUGCCACCGUGGCUAAACAGGCAGCUGGUCAGAAGUCUUCCGAGAAUGGGCCUUUGAUACGCCGUAACACUGAGCCACCCCAGAUUAUCGCAGAAUCGACUACGCAGACUGACUCUCCACCUUCCUCAACUACCCUUUACUCCAGACAUGACGAUGUUAUCUUGACCGAGCGGCGUGCGACAGUGUCCGUCUACCUUGUUUGCAGGGUAUUGAUUGAGAUCUUCAACCAGAGCAGUCUCGCUUCAAUUACACUGGACAUGGCGGACCGCUUAGAGGAUAUUGUGUUCGGUCAGCUCAAGACAGUAGAUCCUGAACAGAUCUCGGCCUCUCCCCUUCGCAUGGCAAACUGGAGGAUCUAUUCCCAAGUUCUAGGGAUCAUGAGUGAGAACAACUUCACGAGUGUUUCAGCUCGGUUCUUAUCGGAGCUUGAGAAGGCCCAGAAGGAUGAAACACUCCGUGGACCUUCUAAGGAUGGAGACGCCAAAGCCGAACUCCUUAUUUUGGGAAUGAGGCACAUUCGGAUUAGGACGCAUCCUGACACAUGGCCAAGGUCGUGCGAUUUCAUGCGGUCAUUGGCGCGAUUGUUCGGUAAUGCUCAUGGGCAGCGCGUUAAGCAGGCAUAUUGCUACAUAUUCGAGAAGUUACUUCUCCCCGUGGCUGCAAGCCCCAACUGUGACUUGACAUUGCCCAAGUGGAAGGAUUUCUUAGAAUUGGUUCAGUCUCGCCUAUCACAGAUGCUAACGAAACCUCGUCAUUGGACUGUGGCAUUCCCGCUCCACGUUCUGCUCCUAUGCGUGUCAACGAAGGAAAAUUUCUCCUCGCAAUGGCUCUCCGUGAUUCAGUCGCUCCCGCCAAGGUUGAAGGACCGUCCUACGAGAGGCCCGGCACUUCAGGCAAUGUGUCGCUUACUAUGGACUUAUUUCUUCCGCUAUUCGGAGUCGCCGACAGCGACACUCCGCAAAGUCGAAGAAGUAUCCAGGAUAGCUCUUCCGGCAGGAAAAAGAACGUAUCUAAGCACAGACUCAGCGGUUGCAGAACCACUGAUCCAACUGGUACGGAUGAUAGGGUUCAAGCAUCCCGACGUGUGUUUCCGUAACAUUAUCUUUUCAUUGAUUAAUUCGGAUCUCUUCCUCUCUGGAAAGGAGCUGAAGAUCGAACAAAUGGAGCCAGAAAAGAUGGUGAUCGGUAUCAGGUCCUUCCUCGCGAUCAUGACAGACCUCGAGAAUUGUGACCAGUUAUGCCCUCCAUUCCCAACUGGCUCAAUUCCUAACCCUUUCACCGACAUCUCGUCCUCAACAUAUCUCCACCGUCCUCAAUACCUGGCCGAUCCACGAUUACCAAAUGCUCAAAGGAGUCGCGAAGAUGCAGCAUCACCUCCUGUCAACACUUCAAGGCUGAGUGACAAUGUCAAAGAGUAUUAUAUCCGGUUCUGUGACAUUCUUGGAAAAAUAACGCUUCUAUGCGACAAUACUUUUGGAGGACAGGCGGCGCUAGAUGAAAAAUUUGGCGGCACAACCCCGAAGACUCCGAUCUCAGAGGCCUUCAGUUUUGGAAGGCGGGACGACCAUCCGAACGCCUUGGAUCAGAGACAGGGCUUCUACGAUCUGCUUCAUGUAGCAGUCCAAGCACUUCCUCGUUGUCUGUCCGACCGCAUACCAUUCAAUUCCCUCAUCAAUUUGCUUUGUACUGGGACGGCUCACGUUCAGACAAACAUAGCGUUCUCAUCUGCUGAAUCCUUGAAAGCAAUUGCACGCCAGUCUCAUGCCCAGCAAGUGACUAUAGGUUUCGCGAGGUUCAUAUUUAAUUUUGACGCAAGAUACUCCACCAUGUCAGACGAAGGCAUGCUUGGGCCGGGCCACAUCGAAUCUACAUUGAGACUGUACGUCGAAUUACUGAGGAUCUGGAUUGAGGAGAUCAAGCAGAAAACAAAGGACGCAGCUGCAGAUUCUGGUGAAAAGACUGGCUCUGGAAGCAGAGCCCUGCAACUUGACCUUUCAAGUGUUCUUGCCCAGGUCGAGGAAGUCGAAUCACACGGUCUCUUCUUCCUUUGCUCGCAGUCGAGGAGAGUUCGCGCCUUUGCAAUCACGGUGCUACGCCUUAUUACCGAAUUUGAUAGCGCCCUUGGCAAAGAGAACACGCGUAUCAUUCGGAUCCUAGAAGCUGAUUCGCAACAAAUACUGGAUGUCAAUGAUGAACAGUUGACGGUUGCUGAGAGGAGCCGGAUCCAGAAAGGCAAGCGAAGAAGCGCCUUUCAAAAUACACUGAUUGAGCUGUGUAGCAGCGAAGUUUCCUAUGACUCCACAUUGUGGUCGAAGGUCUUUCCUAACAUUAUCCGGAUUAGCUUUGAGACUUGUCCGUUUGCUGUGACUUUAGGACGUGAGAUCGUAUGUGCAAGGCUUGUCCUUAUGCACAAGACCAUCACUUCGCUUGCUGAGAGUCCUCAGCAUCCUCAAUAUGGUCCCAUAGACGCUAUUCAAGCUCGCUCAUAUGGCAGAAGCAACACGACCGCCGAGAUAUUGGUUGAGCAGUGGAAAUUGUAUCUGGUCAUGGCCUGCACCACGUUGAACAGCGUUGGCGCGCAAUCCCAGAGUCAGUUGGCAAAUGCUCAGCAUGCACGGAAAGGGUCGAAAGGCUCCCAGCAGACCCAGGAUAAGAUCAGCUCCGCGAGGAGCCUAUUUGCAUUUGUGAUUCCUUUGCUAUCAGCCGAGCGAGCUUCCAUCCGGAACGCUAUAGUGGUUGCUCUGGGGUCUAUCAACAAGAACCUGUAUCGGACUCUACUUGAAUCCCUACAAUACGCAGUUACGACCUGCAACGAAGAAGCUAAGAUUCGAAUCGGUACACAUUAUCGUACUCCGAGCAGCCCGCGGCGCAAUCGCAGAACCGACCGGUUGCGGACCGAGGUCACCCAUGUGUAUAAACUAACAUCACACUUUCUCAAAGAGCCUGAAGUAUAUAACGAUGACUGGAUCGUCAACAACCUGGUCACCUAUGCAAAAGAUCUGAGGAUAUUCUUGAGUGAUGCUGAAGUACAAAAUGACUGGGAGUUCCAGCGGUUGCGCUUUCAUUACUGCGGACUGAUGGAGGAGCUCUUCGAGGGCAUCAAUCGUACCAAGGAUCCCUCUCGUUGGAUACCUUUCGAGUCACGAAAGUCGGCCUUCUCUCUUAUGGAGGACUGGUGCGGGUACUCGCCAAACCAGUCUCAAAUCUCGCAGCGUGAGGAGACUAUGCGGAGGAACGCCAUCUCACAGAACCAUGAGUCUGGAGAAUUGCGAAAUACCGCAGCAGCCAUGGAGAUAGAGAAGAAGAAUCUGCGCGCAGCAGCUCUCAGCGCGAUGGCUUCCUUGUGUGCUGGGCCAAUCAGUAUCACAACAGAGAGUGGCUCGGUACUCCAAUUCGAUGUGGGCCGAAUGCUGUCUUGGGUUGAUAUAAUCUUCAAUACAAUCAGUGACAAGUGGCACGCUAUUGGUAGACGAGCCCUUAAGAAUCUAAUCAUCCACAAUAAGGAACACUCAUACUUGUUGGAGCGGUCAAUUGAGAUGUGCUAUGUCACAGAGCGGCCCAAGGCAUUGGAGAGUUACUUCGAAGUGGUAACAGAAGUGUUGAUCGAACACACGGAUUAUCCGCUUGGCUUUUGGAGGAUCUUGGGCGCCGUGCUUGUGACCCUUGGCAGCCCCAAACGGGAGAUAAGAAUGAAGUCUGCGAAGCUGCUUCGGAUUUUGGAAGAGAGGCAACAGAAGAGUUCCAGGCUACAGGACUUUGAUAUCAGCAUUUCUGACAAGACAACCGCCGUCUACAAACUGGCUCAGUUCGAGACGUCGAAACGUUUGGCCAAACAACAUUCUGAUCUGGCUUUCACUCUUUUCUCUGAAUUCUCAUUGCACUUCAGAAAUCUGCGACCGGAUAGCCAGCGGAAUAUGGUGGCUGCCAUCCUUCCAUGGGUCCAGACAAUGGAGCUUCAAGUCGACCCCAACGGGGGACCGACUGCAAAGUCAUAUAUGCUUCUGGCCAACCUCUUCGAAAUCACAAUUCGGUGUAGUACAAUUCUACCGAACGAAGUUCAAGCUCUUUGGCAGGCUCUGGCCACCGGUCCGCAUGGCGGCAACGUGCAAUUGGUGCUCGAUUUCAUCAUCAGUCUUUGCUUGGAGCGGAAAGAACAGAACUUCGUGGACUACGCCAAACAAGUGGUCGUGUUUCUGGCAGGUACUCCUGCUGGCUCCAAGGUUAUUGAGUUCUUUUUAUUGCAGGUUGUGCCUAAGCACAUGGUGCAGGAGAGGAAAGAAAUCACGCCAGCCCCGCCAGAUACCAGGGGCCUACCUUAUGUCGCAGAUCUUGGAACCGUACUCCCAGUCGGUAACAAACAGGCUGGCCUUUCUCUUGGCCAAGUCGCACUCAUCUUUCUCGUGGAUCUAAUGGUUGCACCAGUGACACUUACCAUGGAAGAUUUGGUGAAGCUACUCCAUGUUGUCCUCAUCCUCUGGGACCACUAUACACUCACCGUACAAGAACAGGCCAGGGAAAUGUUGGUCCAUCUUAUUCACGAGUUGAUAGCGGCGAAGAUUGAAGACGACGCGCCUAUCGAAACACGGCAAUCUAUUGAAGACUUUGUAGAAUCAAUCCGCCGGAGCGACCCCAAGGUCGUCUGGGAAUACGAAGAUACCACUGAUAAAGAAGACGAGGAGGAUGGUAGCCGCGUCCCGUCGUCGAUGGCUUCAGUCACCCGCAAAGUAGUCGAUUUCUUCAGCCUUGGAUAUGAGGGCCUGAAUGACCUAUGGGCGAAAGAGGCCCUGAAUUGGGCGACAUCAUGCCCGGUUCGGCAUCUCGCAUGUCGAUCGUUUCAAGUGUUUCGUUGCAUAUCCAUGUCCCUGGACUCCAGGAUGCUGGCCGAUAUGCUGGCUCGCCUAUCGAAUACCAUUGCGGAUGAAGAGUCGGACUAUCGAACAUUCUCCAUGGAGAUCCUUACGACGCUUAAAAUCAUCAUCAGCUCAUUGGCACCAACCGAUCUGCUCCGAUAUCCCCAGCUGUUCUGGACUACAUGCGCAUGCUUGAAUACCAUCCACGAAACUGAGUUUAUUGAGAGUAUUGGCAUGCUCGAGAAAUUCUUGGAUCGCAUCGACAUGAGCGAUCCCAUGGUGGUGACGGAGCUCAUCAAAGGCCAGCCACCAAAGUGGGAGGGGGGCUUCGAUGGCCUUCAAGACUUGAUCUACAAGGGCUUGAAGUCUUCUGAGUCAUUGAAUCAAACGUUGGAUAUCUUACACCGCCUAAGCGGUCUACCCAACAACGAGCUCAUUGGCGAUGGCAACCGGUUGCUAUUUACAAUACUAGCGAAUGUGCCUCACUUCUUGCAUCAUUUUGACUCGGAGGUCGAUGAUCCCAAGACCCUCGCACGUGCCACAUUGCUGGCACGCGUUGCCGAAAGCGAAAGAUGUCCACGGCUGGCAGCUUCUUUGCUCGGAUUUGCAAAUGGACAGUAUAAAGCGGAGAACGAUUUUCUGAGCCAUAUCAUCACCGAGGUCCGGUCCUAUUACUUCCCUCGCCAUGACGUCCAAAGCCUUAUCUUUCUCAUGGGCUUAUUGACCAAUACCACGAACUGGUUCCGUGUCAAGGUCAUGAAAAUCCUCUGUGUGUUAUUGCCCGAUAUGGACAUGCGUCGGGGCGAAGUGACGUGUCAUGGUCCUGAUCUGAUUUCUCCUCUUCUGCGACUGUUACAAACGGAUCUGUGCCCUCAGGCUCUGCAGGUGAUGGACCACAUAAUGACUGUCUCGGCCAAUCCGAUGGAGAGACACCAUAUCCGGAUGAGCAUGGCUUCGGCUUCAUCGUCUCGGGCCAUCCGGAAAGAGUACGAACGUGUCCAGAGUCUGUAUGGCAUACCGGAACCGACGGGAUGGUCGAUUCCGAUGCCUGCGACUCAAUCGAGUAUCACGCGACACAAUGUCCAUGCGGUGUUUUACACUUGUGCUGAAGUCGACAGCAUGGAGGCGCAGGAGACCGCCCCUACUGACGUGGAAUUCCAUGCAGACGAAUACAAUGACACGUUCUUCCCCAUGCGGGCGGACACGAUGAAAUCCAUUGAUACGCAGACCGAUGGCAACAUGGGGGACAUUGUCCAGAAGCUGGACAGUUUGGACGACUUUUUCGAGGAAACCGACCCGGUCCAUCCCACGCUUGAUCCCGAUGCCACGCUGCGCGGUUUUACAGGCACCUAUGCCGAUACCAACGCCAGUCUUUACGAUCAGCAAACCGCGCCGAUCCUCCGCAAAUCCCUUGCCCGGACCGCUUCAACCUCGUCUUUCCACAAUGGGCUUGCGGAGUCACGCCCGUCCAAUCUGCGCCUGGAUAGCAUGGGAACGCCAUCCCCGGGAACAUUUACUCCUCAAGCUCCUAGCAAAAAUGUGCGGCCGGUGUCUCACACCCGCUCUGUCACAUCUCCGGUGAAUCAUCUCUUCUCAACUCCGGGGUCGACCGUGCAACAUACGACGCCACUUAUCGGGUUCGAAUCGGCCUUCCUCUCGGACGACGAUGUGGAGGACGGGCUUGCUGACCACAAGCUCACCAUUCCGCAUCCAAUCAUGCAAACGCGCAGUGCCACGGACGGGUCGUCGUCGCUGGAGUCGAUGAUCCGUAGCGGCAUGAGGCGGCUCACGGGCGGAGCAGCUACGAAUCGGGAGAAGGAGAGGCAGCGAGAUCUGGUUCGAGCUCAACAGCGGGCGCUCGCCCAAACGGCCAGCUCACCGCGCGUGCCCAAGGUUCCCGCCGAGUACCUCACGGGGCCGGUCAGCAAUCCGUCGUCCCCCGCGCAACAGUGACGGGAAUGUGAAACCACUCCAUCACUGGCUGAUUUUUUUGCUUUGGUAAUGCGACUUGGUUGUUGGUGUGAUCCGGCGUUUAACAUACCCAUUUGUCUAUGCUUCUGUCUGGACUGCGCCAAGUGCGCGGUUCAUCCGCCUCUUUUUGCUACCGUAUUUAGUACUCGUCUCCUGUAGAUUAAUUAAUUGAUUCCUGCG